AUGUUGCUCGCAGUGGUAUUGCCCUUACUGUGUCUAUCCUUAGUUUCCUCAUCCUCGGCCACACCGGAUCGCCAUCCGUUGCGAGGACGAUGGAGGGAACUGUGGAAACCACCGGUGGAUCAACCGACGAAGCACAUCAGUGCAGCUGAGGAGCAACGCUAUCGGCUGCCGGAGUACAUCGAACCAAUACACUACGACCUGUUUAUUGACACGGAUGUGCAUACCGGCAAUCGUACGUUCAGUGGCCAGGUGGACAUCCAUCUAGACAUCAAAGAACCCACCAGAACGAUCUACGUACACAGUCGUGGCCUAACGAUAACCAGGAACGAAUUGUUGAUAACGUUAGAAAAUAAUAUAUACAGGGAAACACUCGUGUACACGGAAGAUACCGAGCGUGAGCUUCUAAUUUUCGAAACUCAGUACGAGCUCAUUAUUAGACUGCCGUACAUCUUGCGUAUUGCCUUCGAGGGCCAACUGCGUACCGAUGCCGAUGGGUUCUAUCUCAGCUCGUACCUGGACGAGACGGGCAGUCGGCAGUAUCUGGCGGCCACCCAGUUCCAGGCGAUAAGUGCUCGUUCCGCCUUCCCGUGUCUCGAUGAACCGGCGAUGAAGGCGACGUUCGCGCUGAGAAUCAGGCAUCAUCCCAGUUAUAAGGCGACCGCCAAUACGCGACGCGUAGCUAGCGCUGGUGGUGCCGAUGGUUAUGUGACCGAUUACUUCGGAAACACCCCUCGUAUGUCGGCGUAUCUGCUCGCGUUCAUGGUGUCCGAUUUUCCGUACAUAGAACAGGGCCAACAGCGGGUCUUCGCUCGUCCAACCGCCAUCAACGAGACGCAGUACGCGCUGGAGGCAGGAAUAAGCAUCCUCAAAGCACUGGACGAGUACAUUGGCAUUCCGUACACCAGCUACAUGCCGAAGCUGGACCAGGUGGCACUGCCCGAUUUCGAUGCAGGCGCCAUGGAGAACUGGGGUCUCUGCAAUUACAGGGAAGAGUAUCUACUGUAUCAGCCGGGCGUUAGCACUUAUCUGACGGAAACCUUUAUCACGACCAUCAUUGCCCACGAGUACGCGCACCAGUGGUUCGGCAAUGUCGUCACGAACGAGUGGUGGAGUUAUCUGUGGCUGAACGAAGGUUUCGCCACGCUCUACGAGUAUAUGGCGGCCGAUUUGGCUUAUCCGGAGCGGCGGUAUCGUGAUCUGUUUAACGUGGACAUCGUACAGCCGGUGCUGCGCUCGGAUUCGUCGGAAAACACACGCCCCAUGACGUUCAGCCGUGGUGCUACGUUCGAUGACAUUCUAAGUAUCUUCGAUAAUGUGGCCUACUCAAAGUCUGGCUCGGUGUUGCGAAUGUUCCGCGAGGUGAUCGGCAUCGAUACGUGGAGGGAGAUCAUCCGGGAGCACAUCCGGAGCCGAGAGUUUCAGUCGGUCAAUCCGGGGCAUCUGAUUGAGGCGAUGGAACGGGUGACGGGUAAUUCGUCGUUCCUACCCGAUGGCAUCGAUAUGGAAACGUUCGUGAGCAGUUGGGCUGACCAGGCCGGUUAUCCGGUGCUCGAAGUGCGUCGAACGUACACCGGAGAGCUCAUAGUGUCGCAGGACCGCUUCUUCAACAACAAGAUAGUGAAUGAUGAUGCCAACCUUUGGGUGAUACCGUAUACGCUGCUGGAACAGGAUCCACUGUGCGAUGGGCUGGCCGAUUGGCAAUGGUUGACGGUGCGUGCUGCCCGGAUUCCCACCGACACUCCAAACGAUCACUGGCUGUUGGCCAAUGUCAAUCAGAGUGGUUACUAUCGCGUGAAUUAUGAUGCGCGUAACUGGGAGCUACUGAUCGGUGCACUGCACGACGAUCACACGACCAUUCCGAUGGCGAGCCGAUCUCAGUUGAUCGAUGAUGCGUUCCAGUUGGCACGCGCGAACCGUCUCGACAUGGAGGUUGCACUUGAGCUGCUGUCGUACGUGCGUGCCGAACGGGAGUAUCCACCGUGGGAAUCGGCCAACACCGCACUGUCCUAUCUAGGUCAGCGACUCCGGGGAUCACCGGACUAUGUGCUGUAUCAGCUGAUGGUAUAUACCCUGAUCAGUGAUAUGUUUGACGGACUCGAUGUCACCGUUCCGGCCGCCGGCGGCGAUGAGGCACUGCUGGAAAAGUUCCUGCAGCAACUCAUCUCCAGCUGGGCCUGUAGGUUGGAAAUAGAAAGUUGUCUGGUCGAUACCCGGGAGGCACUCGAGCGCGAAGUGUCCGGCAACGAGAUGGUGCAUCCGGAUGUGUCCUCCGUCGUGUACUGCUACGGGCUACGAACCGCAAACGGGUCGGACGCAUUCCAGUAUCUGUACGCCAAGUUGCAGGGGUCCGCUAAUCGAGCCGAACGGUCGCUACUGAUCGACGCACUCGGCUGUGCGGUCGAUCCGGAGGAGCUGGAAGCCUUCCUGCUGACGGCCAUCGGUAAUUUGCAGGUGAACUACACGCCCGAAGAGCGAUACUACGUCCUCACCUCCGUGCUGGUCAGUCGCGAUGGUGUCGAUGCGCUGGUUCGCUUCCUGGCCGAGAAUCAUCCGUACGUGGCGAGCAUCCUGGGACCGGGCACACUCUACAGCUUGGUACAAAGUAUCGCCACCAGAACCAACACACCCGAUGAGGAACAGAUGCUGAACGAUCUGCUGGAACGGCUAGAACCGGCUCUUCCUGCUACGGUGCUGGCUAAUGUACGGGCCACCGUAUCGCGUAACCUUGCCUGGUCCACCUCCCGCGAAGGCGUCCUCGUUAGCUACUUCCUCCAGCGAUACCGCCCCAUUCCCGUCUGAUGAGGUGCCAUCAACCCCUAGCUUCAAGAAUAAAAAGAUACACCACCUG